AUGGCGGUACUAUUUAAAAGAGCAUCUUCAGAUGUUGAUUGUAAAGGAAAAGACAAGCAUUCAAGUGAAUGUGCUUUACCAGCAAGUAAUACUCAUUCAACUGCUGUAACUGUAGGGGUAGCAGUUGCUGUGCCAGUGGGUGUUUGUUUAAUCGUAUUAUGUGUCAUUUUAAUUAUUAUCUAUAAAAGAAGUAAACGUGAGGAGAAAGAAGAAUUAGGAUUCGAUAAAGAUAGUUCAGCAUUUAUCAAUGAUCAACAAAAUCAACAACGCCACUCUUAUAAGAAAAAUAUUUAUAAACAACAAUUACAAAAUCAAAUGCAACCUCAUAUGGCUAAUCAAAUUAAUUAUAGUUUCACCACUUAUAACGAUACAAAUUCGUCAUUUUUCAAUGAAAAAUAUUAUUCAAAUAGUCAAAGUAUGGAACAUUUCCCUAAACCACCACCAACUCUAUUCAAUAGUACUGUUACAAGCACCAGUGAUUCUGGUUCCGAUCCUUUCCCAUUACCAGAUGGUAGUGAUACAGAAUCAUUAAAGAAUUUCGCUAGAAGUGCUGCAAGAAAUGAUCAGAUGGGUGGGUAUUCAUUAGCUACUACUCAAAGUAAUAAUACUUCAUCACCAAUGAAAAUAACAAAAGAGAUGAGAGGGAAAUCAGGGCUUUCAUUUAAAAAUGAACAUUUUGAGUUCGAAUUAGAAAAUCCAUCUACAUCAAAAUUGAAUUCCAAUGGUAAUAAUAAAGCAAAAAAUAUUUCUACUGAAUAUGACGAUGAGAGUUAUGCCUCAAAUACAUUGUCUCCUCAUGAAGAAGAAAGUAUUAAAAGAAUGAAAAGUAUUUAUGAUGUUUAUUUAGACAAAAAUAAACAAAGCAUCAACGAUGAAAAGCUAAAAAAUAAGAUCAAGGAAGAAAUUAAUGAAUUACCAGAUGAUCAUACUUCUUUACAAGAAGAUAUUCAACGUGAUGGUUCAGAAGAAAAUAUUCAAUAUAUGUUUAAUGAUGAAAUUGAUAAUAUUCCAACGACAGAUAACCAUGACACUACUUUAAACAAUAAUGAAUCUGAGUCUUCCAUGUUGAAAAAAGAUUUCGAAUAUACUAAUAGAAACACAAUUAUUGAAGGUGAUAUGACUGCUGUUCAGGAUGAUUCAUUUACUACUUCUUCACAACCUAUGAUGAAUCCUAAAAAUUCAAGUGUAUUACAAUUAAAUAAAAAUCUAAGUUCAAUUAGAGCUCCUUCUUCUAUUUAUUCAGAAGUUCCCCAAAUGAGCAUAACUGAUCAAUCUUUUAAAAAACAGUCCUAUGUCUAUCAGUAUAAUCAAGAUUCUCAAUAUGGCUACCAAGAUUCCCAAAGUCAAUAUCAGGAUCCUCAAUAUGCAUACCAAGAUCCUCAGUAUCAAUACCAAGAUCCACAACAGUAUCCACAACAGUAUCCACAACAGUAUCCACAACAGUACCCUCAACAAUAUAAUAAUUUUGAUAAUGCUAGUAUUCAAAAUUCUAUGCAAUAUAGUUAUCAAGAUUAUUCAAAUAACAUGGGUUAUUAUGCACCACAAAAUUUACAAUUUAGUCACCCUCAAACUUUGGAAAGUAUUGCCGAAUUGCCUACCCCAACAAAAUUGGUAGGCUCACCUUCUUCUUUGUCAUUGACUUCUUUCAAACGUAAACCAAAACAACCACAGUUGAUGCAUUUACAAACUGUUAGAAUCAAUGGUACAGCUUUAAAUCCUAUGGAUCACCCAGGAAUGUUUUAUUCACCAACAGAUUCUACUUCAAGCCAACAACAGCAAUUCUUGAUGCAACCACAAUAUACAACACAAAAACAAGCAGCAAAUGCAAAUGGUGAACUAAUCCCAAUGCCACAUCAUAUGAGGAAAAGUAUUGUUAUGACCGAUCCAUCUGCAUUAUCCAUUGCUAAUCGUUAUAAACCAGCAGGGUCUUUACGUAAUUUCAGCAAUGUCUCAAGAUCAAAUACAAUGACUAAUAUGUCACAAAUGAGUAUUCCAACUAUGCAACAUGAUCAAAGAGUUAGCGGUUUAUUAGAAAUAACUGAUACUCUUCAACCACCAAGUGUUGGCCAAAUAUUACCUCACCACGGGGACAAUGAUGAAUUAAGAAGACAAUUAGGUACAUCACAUAACUACAAUGUCAACUAA